ACUGAAGCUAACUGAUACUCUCAGUUUGGAAUAGAUAUGAGCGAUUUUGGUGAAGAAUUGACAAAGCUUGCCGAGGGAGAGGAUGGCAAGAGGGAAUCAUCCGUGUUAUCUAAUCCAGGAAUGCAUUGCCCAUGGCUUCAGGAGCGCAUAGAAACUGUAGUGACUGGAGGGAAGAAGAAGAGGGACUUUGCUCAGACGACAAGCACUUGUUUAAGCUUUAUCCAAGAAGCUCUGCUGAAGCACCAGUGGCGGCAAGCUGCAGAGUACAUGCACAGCUACUUACAGACCCUGGAAGACUCAGACACCUACAGGAGACAGGCUGCCCCCGAGAUCAUUUGGAAGCUUGGAAGCGAAAUUCUAUUUUAUCAUCCCAAAAGCAAUGUGGAGACUUUUAAUAACUUUGCUGACCGGAUGAAAAAUAUUGGUGUCCUGAAUUAUUUAAAGAUUUCCUUACAACAUGCAUUGUAUCUUAUACAUCAUGGAAUGCUUGAGGAUGCAAACAGAAUUCUCAGUGAUGCAGAGACAUGGAGAUAUGGUGAAAAGUCAUCCUCCCAGGAAGUGUUAAUCAACCUUGUUCAGGCCUACAAAGGGCUUUUACAGUACUAUACUUGGUCCAGAAAGAAGAUGGAACUGUCAGAGAUUGAUAAGGAUGAUUAUGCCUACACCGCAAAAACCCGAAACAUGCUCAGCCAGAGCUGCAGGACGUCCACAAAUAUCUGUGCACUGCUAAAAACUCCUGGGGUUUGGGAUCCUUUUGUGAAGAGUUACGUGGAGAUGCUAGAAUUCUAUGGGGAUCAUGAUGGAGCCCGAGAGAUACUCACCAAUUAUGCGUAUGAUGAAAAGUUUCCCGCAAACCCCAAUGCCCACAUCUACUUAUAUGAAUUUCUCAAGAGAGAGAAGGCACCAAGAGCAAAACUGAUAAGUGUUCUUAAGAUUUUGCAUGAGAUUGUGCCAUCCCAUCCACUAAUGUUAGAAUUCCAUACAUUGCUUAGAAAAUCAGACACAGAGGAACACCGGAAGCUUGGCUUGGGUGUGUUAUUUGAAGUCCUUGAUUUUGCUGGAUGCUCUAAGAACAUAACUGCUUGGAAAUACUUGGCAAAGUAUCUGAAGCAGACAUUAAUAGAGAGCCAGCCAGCAUGGGUUGAAGAAGUGUGGAAACCUAGGAGAAGCUGGUGGCCGGCCUUUCACUUCAGCCUCUUCUGGGCAAAGAGCGACUGGAAGGCAGACGCUGACUUGGCUUGUGAGAAAGCUUUUGUAGCUGGAAUCCUUUUAGGAAAAGGUUGUAGAUAUUUUCGGUAUAUUUUAAAACAAGAUCAUGAAAUCUUGAAGAAGAAAAUUAAGCAGAUGAAGAAGUCUGUGAAAAAAUAUAGUAUUGUAAAUCCAGGUGUUUGCACCUAGACUGCUUGUCUGCAUGCUGGUAAUGGGAUGUGUGCCUCCCUACCUCUGAGAAUGGUUUUCAAGAU